AUGGCCGAGCCCAUACCAUCGGCUUCGACAGCCGUAGACGCUGCGGACGAUGAAACCUCUCAGAACCUACCCGCCAGCGCCGAGGACCGCAAAGCUGCGGCGGCCCUCAAUUCAUUGAAUGCCAAUGACAUGUCCCAAGAGAAUGGGGAGACGGCCACCAAACAACCCUCUGCAGCGGAUCAAGAGGCCUUGGGGAAAGCUAUGUCAAGACUCGAGAUUGCCGGUGGAGUCAGGAAGAAGAAGGAGGAUCCUAAGAAGGCAGAGACAAAGAAGGAGGUCGAGGUGAAGAAGAAGGUCAAGAUUGCGGCUGAGGAUGUCAACUUUUUGAUGGAGGAACUGGAUCUCUCCAAGCCCAAGGCUACAGAACUGCUGCGAUCUCAUGAUGGAAAUGCCACUCUUGCCAUCAAGGCCUUCAUCACACCAGCCGUUAAAGGAUAG